AUGAGUGGCCGCAACAGAUCCUGCUCUUCUUAUGGUGUGUCGGAGGAAGGUGAAGAAGGCGGUGUUUUUAUUCAAUGGUAUGCGAAGUACACUACCAGUUCAGCCGCCAAUUCGCCUGUGAUAUGUCCGCUGACCACAUCAAGGAUUAGUUGGGCUACCGAAUGGCAGGCGCCGAACUUCAUGAAUGCAACCAAGAUGCGAUGCGAACAGACUCUUCCAUCCCCAAGUCCUCCACAUGGACCCCGCCUGUCGCACACCUCGAUUUGA